AUGGAGGAGAACCUGGUGCGGGAAGGAUCUUCGUGGAAAUGGAGAAGUGAUACGGGUGGGUCUUUUUCGGUUAGACAGGUUAGAUCCGACAUCGAGAAGGCUACGAUGGCGGAGGAUAACGGUUCGUUAGUUUUCGCUUGGAACAAUUGGGCGCCACCGAAAGUUAAUUACCUGUUGUGGAGGGCCUUGUUGGACAAAAUCGCUUCAAAAGUUGGGCUGAUCCAAAGGGGUAUUCCGCUCACGGAUAGUGUCUGCCCUCGUUGCGGGUUAUAUGACGAAGAUCCGGACCAUAUCUUUGUUAACUGCUUAUGGGCUCAAUGCGUUUGGUGGAGUAUUCUUGCUUGGCUGCGGAUAAACUUCAUAUCAAGGAAUAAACUUGAUGAGUUUAUCUUGGGCAUCAAUCAAAACCUGGGAGAUAAAAACUGGAAUAGAAUCGUGUAUACGAUUGUGAUGGCGACCGUUUGGAGAUUUUGGAGUGCAAGGAACGAGAAGGUGUUCAAGGGCAUUUUUAUUCCUAUUAUCAAAACGGUGGAGCAUAUAAAGGAGGAUGCUUUCCUUUGGAUUAGUAACAGAUCAAAGCUCAAGAAGCCAAAGUGGGAGAAGUAG